CUUUUAGACCCUGGCCAACUAUGGAGUUUCUAGAACUUUCUAUCGUCUUCCCCACAUAGUCCAGUGCGGCCUGCAAGGGUGAAGUCAAGUCAAGAUCCAUCUCUAUCUACUACUGCCUAGCGCACUCAGCUUACCAGUUGUUCCCCAUUCCAUCACGAUCCGCUGUUGUAAGUUAGAACGGAUUGCGCCAGCGAAUUUGCUACAGGUCUUCGCCCGUGUGCUUCCACUAUGGGUUCCAUCCACGAUGAUAUGAAUGUCCACAGCUGCGAUGAUUGCAGACGAGUCAAGUUUCAAAUCACCGACCCACCUUCCAAUAUCCCUUUAUCUUUCUCUUAUAAAGAAGUCCUCACAUAUGCUGGGAAUGGAUGUGGCUUCUUUGCCAGAGCAUUGCGCGAGCCGAAAUUGUGGGACAUGCCCAAGUCUCUUCAGAAAGAUGCAGAGCUACACAUCUCCUUGACAUGGAUUGAUGACGGACCCAGCUUCCAUGAUGUAUACAUUCGGUGGACGCAUCCGACAGAAUAUUUAGAGGAUCAGGAAUUAGAAGACCUUCAUGCCUUCACCGGAAAAGACACCCCGCUUGCUCCGUAUAUCUCGUCGCGACCCUGUGGACUGUUUGUCUUCCAUCAGGAAACCAAAAACAAUGUGAAGCGCUGGUUAGACAGGUGUCAAGAAAGCCACAGCUUUUGUAACAAUAUCACUGAGGCAUUACCCUUCACCGAGCGGCCUACGAGACUUGUCGCAAUUGGAUCGGAGACAAUUCAUCUAGAGGAAAUGAAUACCACCAAUCCAAAGAAUUACGUUGUGCUGAGCUAUUGCUGGGGAGAUGAUUCUAAACGCGAAUGGCACACUACCCAUCAAAACUCCGAGGACUAUCGGAAGCUCAUCGAAUAUGAGACCCUUCCUCAAACCAUAAAAGACGCAGUACACAUUACCCGGGAGCUCGGGUAUGGGUACCUCUGGGUGGAUGCUUUAUGCAUUAUUCAGCGUGGAAACGAAAAUGACAAAAUGAUAGAAAUGCGAAAAAUGGCCAGUAUUUAUCUCGGAGCUUCAGUGGUACUUUCGGCUGCAAGGGCGCGGGACAGCCGAGAAGGGUUCCUUCAAAAUCGGAGACUUGAUAAGAUAUAUAACACAGUCUUCGAACUUCACGCGGAAGUCGAGGGCAAGGGCAAUGGAAUGGAUGCCUUUUUCUUGCAUGAGUCUACAGAAAAUAGCAAAGAUGAACCAAUCGACGAAAGAGCAUGGACUUUGCAAGAACAUUGUUUGGCUGUUAGGUUGCUACGGUUCGGUUCCAAACAGACUAGAUGGGCGUGUCUGCAAAAGGACCCAAAUAUUGAUGGCGGAUGUGAUUGUUCCGAAUCUACUAUUGACCCGAUUGCUUUCACGGGCAAGCUUUCUCGGCGACUUCUAAAGGAUCAUAACGAAAUACCCGACGAGUGGAAGUUUGAUAAUUGGAUGCAGGUGGUGGUUCAGGAAUAUUGCUCCCGUAAACUAUCAAACCCUUCGGACAGACUUCCGGCACUUGCAGCUCUUGCACAUAUGUUUGCCAUAGAAAAGCAUUCAGCCACCAAAAAUUACUAUGCAGGACUAUGGGAGGAAGACUUGCCUAUGCAGCUGCUCUGGCGGCGUGUUGGUCUCGAAGAUUGUGGGAAGGCUGAGAGCAUAGAGAACUCGAAUCCCUCUUGGUCGUGGGCGUCGAUAAGAGGAAAGAUUCAAUACCCUUACCCUCCGUAUUCCCGAGAGCGAAUCACCUUGAGGUACAUCGACUGCCAAAUUGUGCUGAAAGAUCAAAAUGUUCCCUUUGGAGAGCUCCAAUCAGCGAAGUUGACUCUUGACGGUAAUCUGCGAAAGGCAAACUGGGACGGUCACGUUUUAUGUACCCUUCCUUCAGGCGUUGGGCAUAAUACUCUUCGCCGAGCGCUAACGCCUGUCUUUGAUGAACCUGCCAAAAGACUUCCAGGACUCGUCUGGCUUCUACAUAUCUAUUCAAGCCAUUUCAGUUGUGGGUAUGGUCUCAUCUUAGAGAACGAUAAGAACGGCUCAGUCUUCAAGCGGAUUGGCUACUUUGAGGCAGAUCUCCAUUCUUUAGGAGCAAAUUGGUUACAACUCCAUGAUCGGCGGAAGAUCACUAUCAUCUGAAUAAUUAAGAAAUUGUCGCGUAAGCCUGACAUCAAGUGUAUAUUCGGCUCAGACAAGGUGCUCAGAGGUGUUCAGAAGCCACCCGCUGAACUAACCAUUCCAAAAGCUUGAGGGGUCUUGUCCGCAGGACGAAGUACCGCGAUAUUCUGGAUGUGCUUACUAUCACAUGGAGCGAUAUUGAGGCCCCUGAUUUAUGGUAUGGAGCAGCGUACGUAUGAGCAGGUUUGAACUGAUUGAUUGCACUGGUCUCUUCUUUAGUAGAAUUGACCAUAUAUAUAUAAAAUCGUAGAGCUAGCAUAGUUUACAAUUGUUACUCGGAAACCCAG